AUGAUAAGACUCAUAGAAAAAAAUUUGAGGAGAAAGUCCCUUUUAAAAAGAGGGGUACAAACAUAUAUAUGUAAAGAUCAAGAAAAGAUAAGUAGUAAUUAUGAGGAAUUAGAAUUUUUAGAUAAUAAUAUAAAACACAAUUUAUAUAAAUUAAAAUGCAUAGAACAGAAGAAAAUAAAAAGUGAUCGUAUAGUUUAUAAAAAAAUAUUAAAAGAUUUAUUAAAAGAAAAACACAAUUUAGAUUCCAAUGAAUUAGUAGAAUUUUUAUAUAUUGUUAUAUAUAAUGAUUUAUAUUAUCUAGAUAUAUCAUGUAAUUUUUUUUCCUAUUUUUAUAAUAAUUAUAUAUUUUCAAAAAAAUAUUUUAACAAUGUAAAUGUAAACGAUAUAAUUCAUGUGAUCUAUUCAUUUUAUUUAUUUCAAAACUAUCAUUUUUUUAUAUCAAAAAAUAAUUUUUGUGACUUGGACAAAACACAGGAGAUAUUAGAUAAUGAAGAAAAUAAAAAAGUGGGUCAUAUAUUAUCUCAUAUGAAAAUAAAAAAUUUGGAAGGACAAUUAAAUAAAAAGAACAAUAAUAAUAAUAUUAAUAAUAAUAUAUAUGCUUAUGAUGAUCAUCUUUAUGGUGAUGUUCUAAAUAAUUCGCCUUUGUAUCAGAAAAAUGAAGAAAAUAAUUAUUCUUUUAUAAAUAAAAAAAAAUAUACACAAUAUUACAAUAAUAAUACACACAGCUGUUUUCAUAUUUAUAAUUAUUAUUCUUCUUUUAUUCAUCAUAAUAUAGAUUACAUAAAUAAAAAUCAUUUGAUAAAAUUAUUAUUAGUCUUAUCACAAUGUAUCAACAAUCAAAAUAUAAGUUAUCAUCUGAAUAAACAAAAAUAUGAAAAUAAUCAAAGUAUAGAAAAAGAUAUAAAAACAAAUAUAAAGAAUCCAUUUGAACAUAUUCAAAAAAAUAUAUUUACCUUAAUAGAAAAAUUUAUUGAAAAAAUUGACUUAAAAAAAGACAUAAAAAAAUCAUAUACACCUGAAAGGAUUAAUCAAAAAGAAUGGGAAAAAAAAAAAAAAAGAUAUAUUAAUUUGAUUGAUGGCUCUUUUAAAAAUUAUAUAUAUAUAGAUAAUCAUUUGAAUAAUAAUAAAUUAGUUUGUCUCUUUUUUUAUGUUUUAUCAAAUAUAUUUUAUCCAAUUUCGCCGAGUCGAUUUUUUUUUUCAUUACCUUGUAAAGAAAACAUAGCCAAAUCGCACAAUUUUACAGCAAAUAAUAAUAAUAAUAAUAAUAACAAUAGUAAUAAUAAUAAUAAUGUGAUGACGCAUCAAAUGGAUAAUGUAAAUAUGCUAUUAUCUUAUUCAAAUAACAAAUGCGAUGAUAUAAAGGAGCCACGUGUAUAUAACGAGAAUACAAACGAUAAUAUUUUAGUUGAACACAAUGGACACCUUGGUAUUAUUCAAAUGUUUAAAAAUCAUUAUAAUAACAUAGAAGAGAUGUCUAAUGAAUUUUACAAAAAUACUGAUAAAACAAAAUCAAGUAUAGAAAAUUUUAUUAUAUAUAAAAAUAAUGUACUAAAAAGUAUUAAAAAAUAUGUAUUUCUAGAUGCUAUAUAUAAUUUAGACGUACAUUAUAAAUUAAUGUUCUUCAAAUCUAUAUAUACCUUAAAUUUUUAUAAUUUACCUUUCUUAAAACAUAUAUAUUCCAUUCAAUCCUAUGUACAGUAUAAUAAUCUUGAUAAUUUGGACUUUUAUGAUAACAUGGAUUUUCUUAAUACUCCAAGUGUUUACAUAGAGAUUAAUCAAAGUGAUGAAAAAGGACAAGGUCCUAAACUAGGCAGGGUUAAAAAAAAAAGUGAUAAUAUUAGAAUUAGAAAAGAAAAUAAGAAUUGUAAUAAUACAGGUGACCAUUACCAAGAUACCAUAAAUGAUAAUGUGAAAAAUUAUUAUGAAAAAACAUUAAAAAAUAAAUUAAUUGAACUUUCGAAAGAGGGAGAUAUUUUCAAUAAUGCUUAUGUAAAAUUAUUGAAUAAUAUUGAGAAUAGUAUAAAAAAUAAUUCCAUAGAACAAAAUAUAAAUACUCUUCAAUAUAUGUAUUUGAUGAGAUUUGUAGAUAACCAUUUUAUAAUUUUAUUGAUCUCUAAAUUGUGUAAUACUUCUGAUAAAUUAAAAAAUGAACAUAAAAAAAAAAUGAAUGCUAUAAUGAUGUCAUUAUGUAUAUAUUUGUCUUCUCACAUAGAUUCGAAUAUCUUGUGGUUCAAUGACACGGAAAAGAAUUUACCUAUUAACGUUUUUAAUCAUAUAUAUUAUAAUAACAAAAUAUAUUUAAGCCAUUUAAAAAAGUUGAAUGAUUUUAUCCUCCUUCUAUAUAAUAAACAAAUUUUCAAAAGAAAAAGGAAAGAGUUGCUAUCAUGGACAAACUAUAAAUGCAUAUAG